CACCAGAUCACCACUCUUCCCCACAUAUAAAAUAAUUCCGCUUAAACCCUAGCUCCCUCUAUCUUCUUCAUUUCACCUCGAUCCGCGGCGCGGCGUUUUCAUCAGGAAGAAAUGGCAGUCCCUUUGCUGUCCAAGAAGAUUGUGAAGAAGCGUGUCAAGAAGUUCAAAAGGCCCCAAAGUGACCGCAAGAUAUCCGUCAAGACAAACUGGCGAAGGCCUAAGGGUAUUGACUCCCGUGUCAGGAGGAAGUUCAAGGGGUGCACUCUGAUGCCAAAUAUUGGUUAUGGCUCAGACAAGAAGACUCGCCACUAUCUUCCAAAUGGGUUCAAGAAAUUUGUUGUGCAUAAUGUCCAAGAGCUGGAGCUUCUUAUGAUGCACAAUAGGACAUACUGUGCUGAGAUAGCCCAUGAUGUUUCAACAAAGAAGAGAAAGGAAAUUGUUGAGCGAGCAGCACAGUUGGAUGUUGUUGUCACCAAUAAAUUGGCCAGGUUGCGCAGCCAGGAAGAUGAGUGAAGAUUGCUCCUUGAAAGUUGAUUUUGCUUUUUGGUAUAAUAUUUUAUCAUGUUGGAAGUUUCAGCUCUUUUGAUCAAAUGCUUUUUAAGUAUUAUUUGAGUGGAAUAGUAUUUUUCUUUUUGGUUGCUUUUGAAUCUAAACCCUUUUAUCUAAUUUAAAGUCUUAUAAGUAAUCUUUUGAGGGUUUUUCUCUUUUGACAAUGUCUUGGUUUAUGAUGCCGGGUGCAUUUAUGACUUAAUGGAAACACCAUACAAGGAAUGUCAUCAUUCCA